CGUAGUCGCGACCGGUAUUUAAAUCUCGCGCAGGCGUGUUAGUUUCCUGUCGCUAUGCGAGUGCUCGUGGGUGGCGGGACGGGAUUCAUUGGGACAGCCCUAACCCACCUGCUGAAAGCCAGGGGCCACACCGUUACGUGGGUCUCCCGGCAGCCUGGGCCGGGUCGAAUCACGUGGAAUGAGCUCAUUAGGUCGGGGCUGCCCUUCUGCGAUGUUGUCAUCAACCUGGCUGGAGAGAACAUCCUCAACCCUCUGCGAAGAUGGAACGAAACUUUCCAAAAAGAGGUUCUUACCAGCCGCCUGGAUACCACCCACUUGCUAGCUGAAGCCAUCACCCAAGCCCCACACCCUCCCCAGGCAUGGAUACUAGUCACGGGUGUAGCUUACUACCAGCCAAGCCUGACUGAGGAGUAUGACGAAGACAGCCCGGGAGGGGAUUUUGACUUCUUCUCCAACCUGGUAACCAAAUGGGAAGCAGCAGCCAAGCUUCCUGGAGAGUCUACACGCCAGGUCGUGGUACGUUCAGGUGAGGACCAAGGGCCUGGGAACCAGGCAAAGUGGAAGAUGUGUGGGCCGAGGAGGGCUGAGCUUACAGUGAGAGGACACUGUCACUCUAGUAACCUAGAGAGGGAACGUCCCAGGAAGGUCCAUAACCCUCAACUCUCUCCACUCCAAAUCCAUAUGGGAAGAAAGCAAGGAAGGGAAAGGAGAAAUCAGCAGUGCAGAUCGUCAAGGCUAAGCAGCCUUCCUGUACCACCUCUCUUGCCUGCUUUAGGGGUUGUGCUGGGCCGAGGGGGUGGUGCCAUCAGCCACAUGCUUCUGCCCUUCCGCCUGGGCCUGGGAGGCCCCAUUGGUUCAGGUCACCAGUUCUUCCCCUGGAUACAUAUUGGUGACCUGGCAGGAAUUCUGACUCAUGCCCUCGAAGCAGACCACGUCCAAGGAGUCCUGAAUGGGGUGGCUCCAGCAUACACCACUACCAAUGCCGAGUUUGCCCAAGCUUUGGGUGCUGCCCUGGGCCGCCCAGCCUUUAUACCUGUCCCCAGCACUGUGGUACAAGCAGUCUUUGGACGAGAACGUGCCACCAUGCUGUUGGAAGGCCAGAAAGUGGUCCCACGGCGGACACUGGCCACUGGCUACCAGUAUACCUUCCCAGAGUUGGGGGCUGCCUUGAAAGAUGUUGUAGCCUAAGUGGAGAAGGACCCCAAGGCAGGAGCUGAGGCCUGUUCCUGCAUACUGAGGAUGGGUUCAGGUGAGCCCUGUAGUUGCAAGCAGAAGCCAUCUGGGUCUUCGAAUCUCUCCUCCUCACUUCCUUCCUGAAUUGUUGUUCCGUCCCUAUCUGAGGAACUCCAGUCAAGGUUGUAAUCUCAUUCUAACCUUAACCUCUUCAGCUUCUUGUGGGUCACACUGUUGCCCCAGUUCUCCUAUAUGCUGUGUAGAGAAAGUUCUAAGUUAUGGCAAUAAAGUAUAUCACUAGCUUCA